AUGUAUUCCUCUUUCUUCUGCGAGUUUUCCAAGAAUGGAACCAACACUGGAGAUACUACUUUACGCUUGGAUGCCUUCGGAUAUGGGACAAGAGAUAACCCCCCGUUCAGCAACAGCCAAAACAAUAGUGGUCGGCAGGUUGAUUUUCCAAAUGGCCCAGAUGACGGGUGCAAAUUAGUGCUCGGAUUGGGCCCCACCCCUACCUAUACAGAGGAGCCGUCACCUAAACGCGACUCAAUUUUGGAACUCGGCCCAUCUGGUGGGUGCAAUGCCGUUCCACACGUGAUAGACUUCUCAGGUACCACUCAUGGUUCCUCUGACCCUCCUAGAAAUGAAAGUCCCAUCGGUGAUGAGGGUUCGACAUCUGCAAAGAGAUCAGGCGGAUAUAUGACGGGACUUGUUCUGGCCCCGACGUCAUCAAACAAGCUUCCGGAGUCUCAAUGCUGCCCGAUUUCACAACAGAGCUCCGACUACUCGAUGAGCGCUAUAUCUGAGCCAGGAAGCGCUUGCACGUCCUCUGACCGUAAGAACACUCCUGCCAAGAAAUGCAGGUAUCCAGGUGGGUGCACGAAAGGCGCAAGGGGCGCGACAGGCCUGUGUAUCGGGCAUGGGGGUGGGCAGCGGUGCCAGAAGCCUGGGUGUGGGAAGGGCGCUGAGAGCCGGACGGCGUUCUGCAAGGCCCACGGCGGCGGGCGGCGGUGCCAGCACCUCGGCUGCACCAAGAGUGCCGAAGGCCGAACGGAGUACUGCAUUGCCCAUGGCGGGGGACGGCGAUGCGGCCACCCAGGAGGGUGCGCUAAGGCUGCCCGCGGCCGAUCGGGCCUCUGCAUCCGGCACGGUGGCGGGAAGCGGUGCAAGGUCGAGGGGUGCGCCCGGAGCGCUGAGGGGCAGGUGGGUCUGUGCAUCUCCCAUGGCGGGGGACGGCGGUGCCAGUUCCCAGGCGGGUGCGGGAAGGGAGCCCAGGGGAGCACGGCGUUUUGCAAGGCACAUGGUGGGGGGCGGCGGUGUGCGUUUGCGGGCUGCACCCGGGGAGCUGAGGGGAGCACCCCACUCUGCAAGGGGCACGGCGGGGGCCGGAGGUGCGCGUACGAGGGGGGCGGCAUCUGCCCCAAGAGCGUGCACGGAGGCACCGACUACUGCGUGGCACACGGCGGAGGGAAGCGUUGCGUGGUCCCCGGCUGCACCAAGAGUGCGCGGGGCCGGACGGACUGCUGUGUCAGGCAUGGUGGGGGGAAGCGGUGCGCUGCCGGGGGCUGUGGGAAGAGUGCCCAGGGGAGCACCGACUUUUGCAAGGCCCAUGGAGGGGGGAAGAGGUGUGCGUGGGGGAAGGACGGGGGGACGUGCGACAAGUUUGCGAGGGGGAGGAGCGGGCUCUGUGCGGCUCAUACCAGCCAGGUCCGGGCGAAGGAGAGUGGCGGUGGCAUGAUAGGGCCUGGCCUGUUCUGUGGUCUGGUGCGGGCUGACUCGACCAGAAGCGGUUUUGAGAACGUGUGCUCGUCGUCUGGGGUGAGUAUGGUUUCGGAUUCAACGGCUGGGCUGCAUGAGAGGCCUGCCAAAAGGAAGCAGCUCAUACCCCCGCAGGUGUUGGUGCCUCUGUCGAUGAAGGUUUCGCCUUUUUGCGCGGAGGCCUCGGGUUGCGAGAAGCAGGUGGAGAUGAGUAAGAGGUUGGAUUUUGUGGUGCCGGAGGGGAGAGUCCAUGGUGGUGGGCUGCUUUCUCUGCUGGGAGGUAGUCUGAAUAAUGCUAUUGAUGGGAUAUAA